UGUGAGGCGGGGACUCGGGGGGGAACCCAGGUGUUGGGACGUUACAGUACGCACGGGUCACUCAGGCCAGCUCCGUUAUCGCCACCAUAAUAACACAUCAGCAUUAACUGGCAGCAAGCCGCCUAUUAUAUUUAACUAGGGCUUCUCGGCGACCACUACCGCAGUCCAGGCUACGGGUGUUGCGUUGGCAUCUCGUCGUGCAAAGGAGAGGAGUCGGAAGUUGCAGCGGAUUGUUUGGCUCCUGAGUUUGCCAGUCUUAAUUUAGUUAGAAUGAAAGUUCGAGAGGGUGUUUGUCUAGUCUUGCUCGCUGCAUUGGUGUUUGUUGCAGCCGAGGAAGAAGAGGUGUUUCAAAAUGUUGUGGAAGAGUUGUCUGUGGAGACCGUGGCGAAACCUGAAACUUGCGAUGUAACGUCAGAGAUGGGAGACACUUUGGAGAUUCACUACACGGGGAGGUUGAUGGAUGGAAAAGUGAUCGACUCCUCUCUGUCUCGGGACCCCUUGCUGGUGGAGUUGGGCAAGAGAACAGUCAUCUCAGGUCUAGAGCAGAGCUUAUUGGGAGUUUGUGAAGGGCAAAAAAUCAAGACCACUAUCCCACCACACUUGGCCUAUGGGAAGAGAGGAUACCCGCCUACCAUACCAGGUGAUGCGGCGCUGGUGUUCGAGGUGGAGGUGGUGUCAUUGAGCAAGCAGACGCAGUGGCAGCGGCUGGUGAACGACGUGUUCCCCAUGCUGUGCCUGGCGCUGGUGCCCACGCUACUGGGGCUGGUGGGGCUGUACCUCUACAACAAGGCCAGCGCAGACAAGGGCACCAAGAAGAAGGCCAAGGACAAGAAGAGCAAGAAGAAAUAAAACUAAUACAUACUAGAGGUGCCUUUGCUGACUUGUUGACUAACACUGCGAAAACAAAUAACUAUUUAAAUAAAAAAAGGGAUCACCAUCCCCAAAAAAUUAA